UUUCAUAACUCCUCAGUCAGACAGCAGCAUUUCCUUCACAAGUGCAUCGACAAUCGCACGUAUUUAUUUUCAAGCCAUAUUUUAUUUCGCUGUGAAGGAUUACAAACAAAUAAAUCACUUCAGGAGUUACGGCGGAUGAGGAGAGUUCCUCUCAGACAUGAUGGAGAUUGAAUUGCCUAAAAUGCACCAAAGCCAACAGGACAUGGAUCUGAUAGAUAUCCUGUGGAGGCAGGACGUGGACCUGGGAGCGGGCAGGGAAGUGUUCGACUUCAGCUUCAGACAGAAGGAGGUGGAGCUGCGCCGGCAGCGUGAGCAGGAGGAGGAGAAGCAACAGCAGCGUUUGCAGGAUCAGGAGAAAGCUUUACUCGCACAACUCCAGCUGGACGAGGAGACCGGAGAGUUCGUGCCUCGAAGCCUUUCGGCGCAGACCAACACGACUCAUGGAGAAAUCACACAGAAUGGGGCUUUCGCAGGACACGAAGGUGAUGCCCUGUCAUUCGAUGAGUGCAUGCAGCUUCUGGCUGAGACUUUUCCGCUAGAUGAGCCAGCUCAGUCUUUGCAGCCAGCUCCACCUUGCCUGGAUGCCUCCGUUCCACCAUCCACAGAUCUCAUGAUGCCCACAAACAUCCCAGUCUUUACCCAGAAUCCUUUGCUUCCAGGCUCUCUGGAUCAAGCCUGGAUGGAGUUGCUCUCACUCCCAGAGUUGCAGCAGUGUCUCAACAUGCAGAUGCAGGACACAUUACAUAUGGAUGGAUUUAUAAAACCUCCCGGAGAAGCACAGAACCCAAGCUACAGCCAAUAUCUGCCCGGGAUGGACCAUCUCUCGUCCGCCCAGACCGAGGUGUGUCCCCCUGAAUACAUCAACACCUAUGAUGGAUCCUUCAGCAAUAUGGUGUCGCCCAACCUCAGCCAGAUGAGUCUGAACGUCCCGGAUGUGGGAGCCGAGUUCGGGCCUGAAGAGUUUAAUGAGCUGUUUUAUCCUGAGAUGGAGGCCAAAGUGAACACAUGCGACGGAGGACAUAUGGUCCACCAACUGGCCGAGAUUUCCAACGAUCCUCCUGUGAAUCCAAUGGAUCUGCAAAGCUUUUCACCGGGAAACUUCAGCUCAGAAAAACCAGAGCCAAUGGUGGAAUUCGCAGAUUCUGAUUCUGGCUUGUCGCUGGACUCCAGUCCUCACAUGAGCUCCCCGGGGAAGUCCUUAAACGGAGAUGAAUCCUUCGGUUUUAGUGAUUCCGACUCUGAAGAGAUGGACGGUAGUCCGGGAAGCAUGGAGUCCGAUUAUACCGAGAUAUUCCCGCUGGUUUACCUUACCGACGAAGCUCAGGCUUCUCUCUCAGAGAAAUCCCCCACGGAGCAGCAGGAGAUGAAAGCAAAGAACCCAAAGACGGAGCCGGUGGAGGCCAGUGGCUUUUCCAAACCUCCCUUCACCAAAGACAAGCAGAAGAAACGCUCCGAGGCCCGGCUCUCCCGUGACGAGCAGAGAGCAAAAGCCUUGCAGAUCCCGUUGACCGUGGACAUGAUCAUCAAUCUGCCUGUGGAUGACUUCAACGAGACCAUGUCCAAGCACCAGCUCAACGAGGCCCAACUCGCCCUCAUCCGAGACAUCCGGCGCCGGGGCAAGAACAAGGUCGCCGCGCAAAACUGCCGUAAGCGGAAGAUGGAUAACAUCGUGGGUCUGGAGUACGAGCUGGACUCGCUGAAGGAGGAGAAGGAGCGAUUGAAGAAGGAGAAGAGCGAGCGUAGCUCCAAUCUGAGAGAGAUGAAACAGCAGUUGAGUACCCUGUACCAAGAGGUCUUCGGUAUGCUUCGAGACGAGCAGGGCAAGCCUUUCUCCCCCAACGAAUACUCCCUUCAGCACACCGCGGACGGCACCGUUUUCCUCGUCCCUCGCCUUAAAAAGACUCUCGUUAAGAACAACUAGCUCGGUUUUUUUCUUCUCUCUCCUUCCACACUUGCUUCUGUUUUUUGGUACUGCUUUUCUCUUGCUAACACUGUGUCCUGACCAGGCAUGACGCAAUAAAGCAGAAAAGGCUCUU